AAUUCACAGUCUCUGCUUACACUUCUUUCUCGCACACCUAUUACGUACUAACUACCCAUUUUUCUCUCUCAUUUCAUUCUUUCAACAACCAAAAAAAAGAAAAAAAUACAUUUCUUUCUUGUGGGUUGAUCAAAGAAGACAAAUCUUUGAACUUUUUUAGAUACCCUUUUGAGUUGAGUUGGCAUUGAAGUAGUAGUGUUAUUGUUUUGUUGGAAUCAAGAUGGGUACAGAGAGUAAAUACCAAAUGAAGGUGGUGACUGGAGAUUAUGGCUACGUACUUGAAGAUGUUCCUCACUUGACUGAUUACAUCCCUGAUCUUCCUGUACUUCCAUUUCUCCUCUUUUUUGUACACUCUAAACUAAUCGUAUGCUACGUCCAUUUAAUUUCCUUGCAUCUUUGAGUCUUGAAUUCUGUGAUUAUGUCACUCAUUUUUCUUACGUCAAACGGCUCUUUUGCAUGUCUUUCUGCUGUGAGUUGUCCUGGAAAUUAAUGUUGAUUUCUAGGAUUAUUUCAUUUCCUUGUCUGGUUAGUGUUUUUGCUAUACUUGAUUCACUUAUUAUUGCAAGCCUCCUAAUAAAACCAUACUGAGAUGAAAAAGACUGCAGCACCUUUGCCUACAUUACACCACCUUGGUCCUACGAGAACACUAUCAUUCAUAGACCGGGCUGCCCUUUUCUUGUACACUUCAUUUUCCUACCUCUGGGAUAAAUGUCAUGACGACAGAAUCUAUGGUGGUUGAUGGAAUCAAGUACAUAAAGAACACAACUGAUUUUGACAUCCAUGUAUACUUUAAUGUCUUUUUCUCUCGGGAGCUCGCAACCAAAAUAAGUUUCAUGAGGUAGAUAUGCAAUCUUGAGAGUUUCCUGAGCUUGGUCAUUCUGGCUUCUGCUUUUUUAAUUUUUUUUUGACAGGGAAACUACGCUGAGCCUAUAUGUAAAUAUGCAGAGAAAACUUAUCUCCCGAAUCAGAAGGGGUAAGCUUAAAUAAAAUGAAGGUGAAAAUCAAGAUAUCAGUUUCCAUAUGGUUUGGGGAUAAGUCCUAAAGCAAGGCGUUACUGGAAAUCCUAAGUUUGAAUAAGAAAAUAAGAGAUGUUGAGUGAACAUGCAUAAACCUUUGUUGUAUUCUAGUGAGUUCUUGGAGUAAAAAACAACAACAAAAAAGAAUAUUUUGGCUUUCAUUCAUGUCCUAAAGGUUUUAAGAUCCAAUUAGGGUUGAAGAUAAGUGCAAACGAGGAAUCAAUUCAGUAAUAUCUAAUUUAUUGGAAGAUCUAACGUUGUAUAGAUGAUUUACGCUCUUCGUGUGGCAUAUUUGUUCUUAAUCGAAUAUAAAAGGGUGGACAUAUGGAACAAUAUCUCUAAAGGAAUUCCAUAUUUAUUUAUUAUGAUUGAGAUGGGAGAGGGAGAGAGACGUUGGGGAACAGGAAUCAGCUGUUGCUAUAUACUGAUGAGUUCUUGAACAAAACUUAAUGACUCAUGGCUGAAGGAUGUUAACUCUAGCUCAUGCAGAAGUAUUUUAUUACCUUGAGUUCUCAUGGUUUGUGAUACACUAACUUCAUGAACACUUGGAAGACUUAUGAUAACCCGUUGCAGUCUAAUCCAGCAUACUCAGUUGUGAAGCAGUACUUUGUUCACAUGGAUGAUACAGUUCCUCAGAAGAUUGUUGUUCAUAAGGACAGUCAGCGAGGAGUGCAUUUUCGGCGUGCUGGUCCACGUCAGAAGGUUUAUUUCAGUUCAGAUGAUGUUCGUGCUUGUAUUGUAACAUGUGGUGGUUUGUGCCCUGGGCUGAACACGGUGAUCAGAGAAAUUGUACAUAACCUUGACUACAUAUAUGGUGUAGAUAAAGUCCUUGGAAUAGAAGGAGGCUACAGAGGUUUCUACGCAAAAAACACUAUCAAUUUAACUCCAAAGCUUGUAAAUGAUAUUCAUAAACGUGGUGGGACAAUACUUGGGACGUCACGAGGUGGCCACGAUACCACAAAGAUAGUUGAUAGCAUACAGGACCAUGGAAUAAAUCAGGUCUAUAUAAUUGGUGGUGAUGGUACUCAAAAGGGAGCAGCUUUCAUUUAUGAGGAAAUUAGACGGCGUGGUCUCAAAGUUGUUGUUGCUGGGAUACCCAAGACAAUUGACAAUGAUAUUCCGGUCAUCGACAAGUCAUUUGGCUUUGAUACUGCCGUAGAGGAGGCUCAACGUGCCAUCAAUGCAGCGCAUGUUGAAGCUCAAAGUGCUGAGAACGGCAUCGGUUUGGUGAAACUGAUGGGCCGCUAUAGUGGAUUCAUUGCAAUGUAUGCCACUUUAGCAAGCAGAGAUGUUGACUGCUGUUUGAUUCCAGAGUCACCCUUCUUUCUUGAAGGAAGUGGUGGUCUCUUCGAAUUCGUUAAGAAAAGGCUCAGAGAGGAAGGACACAUGGUUAUUGUGAUAGCUGAAGGAGCUGGGCAGGAACUUCUUGCAGCAGAGAAUUCCCAUGCUAGAAGUGAGCAAGAUGCUUCAGGAAACAAGCUUCUCCAAGAUGUUGGUUUGUGGGUAUCCCAUAAAAUCAGGGAUCAUUUUGCAAAAAAACUUAAGAUGCCCAUUACUCUAAAAUACAUAGACCCAACUUACAUGAUUCGUGCUGUUCCAAGUAAUGCAUCUGACAAUGUAUAUUGCACGAUUCUUGCUCAAAGUUGUGUUCAUGGAGCUAUGGCAGGGUACACAGGCUUCACCUCAGGGGUUGUCAAUGGUCGCCAAACAUAUAUUCCAUUCAAUCGCAUUACUGAGAAGCAAAAUAAGGUGGUCAUAACAGACAGGAUGUGGGCACGACUUCUUUCUUCAACUAGUCAGCCUAGUUUCUUGAGCACAAGCGACAUUGUUCAAUUGCAAAAGCGGCAGCACUCACAAACUCAGUUGUUAGGUGGAGAUAACAAUGAAAGUGAGAUUACAGGUCAACAAAACACUAGCACGGCAUGAAAUAAAAGCACCUUAAUACUAGAGUUAAUAAUUGUUUUCACAAGUAGUCUCUCUCUGCUACUUUUGAAUCUGCAAUUCCUACCAUAAUGUCAGAUAAAUCGGGUCAUGUAGGAACUUAUUUGAAGGUGUUGGAUCUGUUACCGUGCCUCAGCUGUGGGCAGUAACAGAUGUAUAUUGAAGGUUUUGUUGUAUCUAGUGAAGUUGCGCCAAAGCUUCGUUGUAUUCAAUUCAUGAUUAUGAACCAUAUUUAUUUCUA